CAUCUUAUUGUAUAUUGCUGAAUGAAAUACUAUAUGCGAAAAAACUAAAGCAAAUAUAUCUUGAUUUUUUUCUGCAACUUUAAUGAUUUCUUUUAAAAACGUCCAAUAAUAAUAGUAACAUUGAGAAGAAUUAACAGUGUUAUUGAAAAAAGGAGAAAAUUAAGGCCAAAAGAAAAAAAAAAGAAAGAAAAUAAAUAAAUAAAGAGAUCAAGAAAGAGAUCGUGAAUUGUCUCUUCGUGGUCUUUCUUAAUACUUUGUAGCGCAUCCGCGUUUCACGAUUCUCUGGAUUAAUUUACAUUUGUGUAAGUAAAAGUAUAUGCGUAUGUAUAUACAUACUUACUCGUUUCUACGAGACCAUCGGAAAACGUGUACACUUUCGAAGAGAUCUGUUAAAGAAUUAUUUUCGAUAAUUUUUCUUUCUAUCCGAUCUUAUUCUAAAUUUGGCUAAACAAAAUUAAGCGAUAUAAUAUCGUGUCGUGAAAAUAUCUUCCUAAAAGAGAUCUCUGCCAUUUGUUUUCUCUUAAACGAAUAAUUUUGACUUUAUCAACGAAGAAAGGAACAUAUUCAAUACGUUCAUUUUAAUUUUGGCAGAAUGGCACGAGGACAACAAAAAAUACAAUCCCAAGCAAAAGCAGCAGAAAAAGCUGCUAAAGUAAAGAAACAACAAGGGCAUAGUGCUAAUGAACAAAAAAAGGCAGCGCAGAAAGCGCUAGUUCAUGUAUGUUCGGUUUGUAAGGCCCAAAUGCCAGAUCCAAAAACCUAUAAGCAACAUUUUGAAAACAAACAUCCUAAGAAUGAUCUACCUGACGAUUUGAAAAAUAUAUGAGGGUACGAAUGCUUGCAAGGAAUCGCACAUAAGCAUGAAGAAAGAGAGAAAUAAUAACUACAAUUGAGUGAUAUAGUUUAAGAUUCAUCCAAUAUUAAAAUAGUUUCAAAACAAAGAAAUAAACAACACCCUGCUAGUGUUUUUAAGGAACUGUUUCACAGUUACAGAGAUGAAUUAUCAUGCACACUCUAAUCAUUUGUGUAUAAUUCAUGAUGUGCUUGUGGUAAAAUUUGAUUUGUAAAGAAAUACCUUAAUUAUUCAUAUAAAUCAAACCUUUAACUACUUUUAAACAUAGCACGAAUACAUCAGAAUCUGUACAUUACUAAAUAAAUAAUUUAAUGAUUUUAGUAAAAUAAUAAUUU